CAGAAAACCUCGCUCCGCGGGCGAAGUGGGAGGGGCCUGGUCAGCCGCCCCCAGCUCAGUCAAGAUGGCAGCGGAGGGCUACUGAGAUCUCCUUUGACAGAAGCAAAAUCUGAGUGUAGAAUUUCUUCUUAAUUCCUGCUAGUCUGGAGAGCAGAAGGGUCAUUUAAAAAGUGCAGAAGUGAGGAAAGAAACAUGGCGAGCAGGUAUUGCCACUCCCGCUCUUCUGGACUCUAUCAUGAACUUAAAGUCACUAUUUUAAAUGAUUUAGUUUCCAGGAGCAAGAGGCCUUUUGGAGACUUUCAAGAGGGAGAGCAAGCCCUUCAACCAGAUGUUAAGAAACAGCAGUGCGGCUUAACCUUCCCGUCCCAAAAGAUGUCGCUGGCAUCUGCUAUUCCUUCAUCUCCAAGCAACAGAAUAGCUAUUUCUCAGGUUUAUUCCCUGAUCCCCGAUGGAGACUGUGAUGACAGCGACAUGGAUUCCACCAUACUAGAAUUUUCCGAUGGGGAGUUCCACGACUCCCCCUUGAGUGUUACCCUUGAAGAUGAGGAUCAGCUUUUAGCAGAUGACCUGGAGACAGACACAAACAAUAUAUUAGUAGAGUUCAGUGUAAAAGAAGUGGGCAGUGGGUUUCCUGCAGCAUCCUUUCAAGACACUCAGCUACAGAGUGUUCCUAGCACCUUAGAUGUGAGUCCAGAGCCCCUCCAUCCCACUGGCCUUUCAAUCUGCCCCAGUAGUGUUCCUCCUUACAGUAGUGCCCCUGCAAAUCCUGCAGGAGCAACUAAUGCCACUGUAGAUCCUCAGAAUCAAAUGGGACUCAAUGUGAGUCCAGACAGGCUUGGGUUUCAAGCUGCCGAAUCAAUUGAGGCAAGUUCUUGUAGCCUAAAGAGAGGGGAUAGUGGAUCUGGGAUACUAGAUAAGGGAGCUAUUCAGACAGGAGGAGAGGAGUCAUCACCCAUAUGCUCAGGAGAGAGUGCAGGCAGCCCACCCUGUGAGGAAGCAUCAAUCUCUGCCCCAGAGGUUGCAUCAGACCACUUCAUCACUGCCAAAAAAGAGGAUCAUGCAGAAGACCCCAGCCCUGAAGCAUCUGAAAAAUCCAGCCCUGAAGAAUCCGAAGACCCCAGCCCUCAUUGUUUCAAGAGACAGCGAAUAUUCAUCCCAGAAGAUGAACUCCAGUUGAGCAAAGAGAAAUAUGUUGCAAGUGUUCUUACCCACAUUCAACAUCCCAACAUCAUAGGUAGCCAGAGGCUUAAUGUCAAAGUGUGGGCCAGUAAAGCCAUCCAAACAUUCAGAAAGGUAGGUGGUCCGACAAAGGGUCUGUGGUGUCUUCUGCCUCCGCUGGGGCCUGUUGUGAUCAGGGAGCACUUUUUCCUCCAGACUAGAAACAGGGCAACUGAAGUCAGGGGUGCUUGGAGAGGCAGAGAGGCAAAGGGGAUCCAGGUGUUAAUGGCCCUGAAGGUCCGAGUCUCAGAAGCUGUUAACGAAUUGCACGAACUAAUGGGGAAGGUAACUUCUGAAUACCACUUCCAGGAGGCCGAUCAGAGGCACCCGACAAACUUGACCAUGAGAAACUACGCCAAGCGGAGGAACAGAGAGAUCCAGAAGUACAGCCUCGAAAAGUGGAUGAGCCUGAACAAGCGUUACGGACGUCGUUUUGCAACCAUCCCUGACAAGUUUGAACGCAGCCUUGCCCUGAGCCGUUAGAAGCCGCCUCGCUUCUGACGACUAAGCGGUGGGCUGAUCUGCACUUUAAAAGUUAUCUAACUGCUGACCAUUCUUGUCUAAUGAUUUUUUUUAAAUUAUGUUUUAUUAAUUUUGUAAGCUAAGGCCAGUUUUGAAUGCCAUGUUUUUGUUUGUUUGGAGUUCUGCUGUUUUCACCACUCUCUCUGAUGUAGCUCCCUUUGAUAUUUUAUAAAAUAUUUUUACGUUUUAA